UGGCAGAAGCUUACAAGUAGAACACACACACACACACACACAUAUAUAUAUAUCCAAGCAAAGCCAGCACUCCAGUAGUUUAUAUAACUACAGUAUCGAGUAUGCCUCCGCGAAAGGAGAUGUCAUCGCCAACGAAGCGCCGUCCGCCUCUAGGCGCUGGGCCCCAAGGCAACAGCGCCAGCGCCCCCCGCUCUCCUCCGCGAACAUCCCGCACCUCACCAUCCGCCGCAAGGAACACCAACGCCGGCACCAAGACUGGCAACAAUUUCACCGCUACUUCCGGAGCUAGCACAGUUAUCCCCCCGCCCCCUCGAGCUGCUCUAAGCGGAACCUCCUCCCCAACACCCGAUCACCCGCGCAACGACAAAAACAGUCACACAGCGAAAGACAGCCCCCGCCUGGCCCCAAACUCCGCCAGCCACAACCGCUCCCCCUCACCGGCGCUUCCUGUACCCCUCGACCAGCCAGCCGCAUCGUCUUCCUUCCCAUCCCCGUCGUCGUCGUCGUCGUCGUCGCCGCCGCCAUCAUCAUCAGCAGCCUCAGUGGGCGACAUGGAGACGGCCCUCCGCGAGAAGGACGCGCGCAUCGCGUCGCUCGAGCGCGAGCUGGCCCUCAUGGAGUCCGAGUUCCACCGGGAGUUGGAUAAGCUCAGCGGCGCCGAGAGCGCGACGGCCGCCUUUUGGCAGAGCAAAUACGCCGCGCUGGAAAAGACGCUUGAGGGCGUGCUGAGCUUGCAGCAGCAGCAGCAGCGGCGGCGGGGGCGGGGGCAGCAAAAGUCGGGCCGAGACGGCGGUGGGAGAGGUCAAGACGAGUACGCUGCGUCUGGGAAGGAUGACGGGGACGACGAUGCGGAGAGUGAGCACGACCGAGACCGGGACACGGUGAGGGGCAUGGAGAUGGCAAUGUUGGCCAAAGAGGGCGAACUGAGGGAGGUCAGGGCGGCGUGGGAACGGGCAAGGGACAUGCUGGGUAAAAAGGAAGACGAGGUGGCCGAGCUCAGGGCCCAAGUCAGGGGGCUCAAGGAAUGGGUUAGCCACAGCACCAGGGCGGACGUCGAGGCGCAGACGAGUGACGAGGUAUUCGGAGAGGGUAUGGCCAAGCUGGGAAACGGGUUGCAGAACUGGGUCCUGGUAAACUUUAGGCGGGCAAAGAUCGGUGAGUGCCGCAGUCCCCCGAUGUCAGGGGCGGGCGGAAGGCGACUGACGGCAGCAGACCUCUCUAGUGCGGAUGAGGAUUCCAUAUCGGAACUGUCGCGUUUGGUGCCCAUGUACGAAGAGCUAGCCUCGGCCUCGAAAAUCCAUUUGCUUCAGUCGAUCGUGUCGCGGUUGCUUGUGGAACUCGUGUUUGACGCGUACUUUGUUGGUCUCCCGGGCGAGGCGGCCGGGCAGAUCAAGCAGGUGGAGGCGUUUCUCUCUUCAGUUUCGUCGCCCGAAUCCAUCAAUCAAUGGCGCUCUUUCACUCUGACCAUGCUCAAGAGAGAUGCCACGCAGAAACUACAGACCGAAACGUCGGCGGUUGUUGAAGCAGUCGUGUCCAGGGUCAACAAACUUCUGGACUCGAUAACGAGCACGAAUUCGACAGAAUCCAGAAAUCAGGGCUUACAGGCACUGGUCAACAGCGCCAUCGAGCUGUCGCGGCUGCUGGCCGUGCAGAAGGCGGUCUUCAGGAUCGAGAUGCCCGAGAUCCUUCCCCACCAGCGUAUCAUGUUCGAUCCCGAGACCAUGGAAGAUAUCGGGGGCGAAGACGAAGAAAGCCUGAUGGACAGAGAGAUCUGUUGCGUCACAUUUCCAGGAAUUGUCAAGCGGGGCGAUCAGAGCGGCGGACAUCUGCAGUACCGGAAUGUCAUUUGCAAGGCAAAGGUUCUCUGCAGUCCAGAGUGAGACAGACGCCUUGGUCUGGAUCGCUCA